UCCCCGGGAUCAGCGGCAGCGGCAGCAGCUCUGCUGCAAAAACCGCUUUGCUAUUCGAGAUAGCCAGUAGAGGGAAUCGGAACUUUGCUUGCAGCAGGGGUUGAAGCAGCCUUUUUUUUUUCUUGGAGGAAAGACUGCAGCCUUCUGGACUGCGUACGCUGCUCCCUGGAGGGGCUCUCCGGGUCCCACCCACUGGCUGGAAGGAGGGGACGUGAAUGAAAGGACAGGACAAGCACCGAACACCAUGUCACUCUGGGAGGGACACAGCAGCAACUGAGCUGUGAGAGGUUUUUUUUUUUUUUUUUAGUUUUUCUUUUCCCCUUUCUUUUUCUUUCUCCCCCCCCCUUUUCUUUUUUCUUUUUCUUUCUAUUUUUUUUUUUCAUUUUCUUUAAGGUGGGGAAAGAGACACACAGGAGACAGGAAGCUGAUCUGCAAGAUUUCCGAGUUGUGCUAAAAGGACUUUGAUUUUUUUUUUUUUUUUCCUUUACAAACGUUGGCAAUUGACAUCACUACGGACAGCCGGGUAGAGAACAAACUGCCUCAUCCCAAGUGGACCCCAGGCGAGAGCUGGGGAGGCUGUGUGGGGGUUUUCCUACAGAUCCCCCACCUCCCUCUUUUUUUGGUGUGUUUCUUUUUAAAAUUCUUGCUGUGUUGGAACUAGUGAGUGGUGGAAGACUCUCCGAAGCCUCAUCAGUCAUCGGGACUGUCAGGAAUAGUGGUUCCAGAGGAAGCUCGGCCUGGGGCACAUACCCUGUCAUCCAGUUCCCUGCCUCGGAGAUAGAGAUUCCAGCUACAUGGGCAAACGCCUGGAUCAGCCACAAAUGUACCCCCAGUACACUUACUACUAUCCUCAUUAUCUCCAAACCAAGCAGUCCUAUGCACCAGCUCCCCACCCCAUGGCUCCUCCCAGCCCCAGCACAAACAGCAGCAGCAACAGCAGCGGGGAACAGUUGAGUAAAACCAACCUGUACAUUCGAGGCCUCCCGCCAGGCACCACUGACCAGGACCUAAUCAAGCUGUGCCAACCGUAUGGAAAAAUCGUAUCCACAAAGGCAAUCCUUGACAAAAACACAAAUCAAUGCAAAGGGUAUGGUUUUGUAGAUUUUGACAGUCCAGCAGCUGCACAGAAAGCGGUAGCGUCUCUCAAGGCAAAUGGCGUGCAGGCACAAAUGGCCAAGCAACAAGAGCAAGACCCAACAAACCUAUAUAUCUCAAAUCUCCCCAUUUCUAUGGAUGAACAGGAGCUUGAGACUAUGCUGAAACCAUUUGGACAUGUCAUUUCCACAAGGAUACUAAGAGAUGCUAAUGGAGUCAGCAGAGGCGUUGGCUUUGCCAGAAUGGAGUCUACUGAAAAAUGUGAAGUGGUGAUUCAACAUUUUAAUGGAAAAUACCUGAAAACACCACCAGGCAUCCCAGCCCCUAGUGAGCCUUUACUGUGCAAAUUCGCUGAUGGAGGACAAAAGAAGCGACAGAAUCAAAGUAAAUACACCCAGAAUGGAAGGCCUUGGCCCAGGGAAGGAGAGGCUGGCAUGGCUCUGACCUAUGACCCCACAGCUGCCAUACAGAAUGGAUUUUAUUCUUCACCGUACAGUAUUGCAACCAACCGCAUGAUUCCACAGACACCCAUCACGCCAUUCAUUGCUGCUUCCCCUGUCUCCACAUACCAGGUCCAGAGUACUUCAUGGAUGCCUCAUCCGCCAUACGUUAUGCAACCAACAGGUGCUGUGAUUACGCCAACAAUGGACCAUCCUAUGUCAAUGCAGCCAGCAAACAUGAUGGGCCCCUUGACACAACAGAUGAAUCACCUUUCAUUGGGCACAACAGGAACGAUUCAGUCCCAAGACAGGAUUAUGAUACUCCACCAGCUGUUGUGUCAGUAUAUGACUGCCGCCGCUCCUAUGCAAGGGACCUACAUUCCCCAGUACACGCCUGUGCCUCCGACAGCUGUUUCCAUUGAAGGUGUUGUUGCUGAUACCUCUCCCCAGACAGUGGCACCUUCAUCCCAGGACACAAGUGGUCAGCAGCAGCAGAUAGCAGUGGACACAUCCAACGAGCAUGCAUCCGCAUAUUCUUACCAACAGUCUAAACCAUAAACAAGACCGAACGAAGAAUGUCCGUCUGAAACUCUGCCUUGAAUGAAGAAACUUCAUUGAACAAGAAGUUGGCUUCCAGUUUUGCACAGGCGUCGAUGGAAUGCUUUUUUUUUUUUAAUUUUCUACUUUACCCAAUGAAAACAACGUGUUUUUAUGUGCUGUGCAAGUGGUUCCUUCAUGUGGUCUGACAGUUUAUUUUUUCCAUCAUUCUUUUUAAAGAAAAAAAAUAUCCCAGAAGAGGACAACAAGCAAACAAAGCAAAACAUGGAAGGUUGACAUUUAUCUGGAAGAACAUUUGAAUUCAGAAUUUAUCUGAAGGUGUAGAUAGAUUUUUUUUUUUAAUGGAAAAUCUGAUGUCAAGAGGUGGGCAAGCAGAAAUGGAAACAAAUUGUCUUCCUCAGUAAUUAAGCUACUCUUUCUUUUUCCCUUCUUGUUUAAAUCUAGUGGGUUGGUUUUUUUUAUUUUUUUUUUCUUAGAAAUAUUUAGGUAAGGUUUAUCUUGAAUCUUAAUUGCCUUAAUUUUAAGGACGUCAAAGGCUCUCGAGGCAAGCUCUCAACGUCUUGUUUAAAAAAGAAAGAAUUGAAAUAUUGUGCCAGCUUUCACUGGUACAGAAGUUUAAGACUAUGAGUUUUUAGGGUGAAAAAAAACUGUACAGUUUAAAAGAAAAUGUUUUUCUUCAUUUGAAGAAAAUUUGUUGAUAAAAGAAACCAUGGCAACUGCAAGAAUUGGGAAAAUGCUGGGACUUCUGAUGAACUUUGUCUUAAGUGUUGAAUCAUUCUAGAAGGCUAAAACAUUUUACGGUAAAGUUAUUAACGUUGGUUUCAAAACAACUGCAUUAGAAAUAAUGCGUGUUUGGGGGGCAGAAUGCAGAUUUUUUUAUUUCUGAAGCGUGAUGGCUAGCAAAAGCUUUAGUGCUUUUUAUCUGCAGUCUUUUUUAUGAGCUUUACAAACUUUUUAGUCAGCUUUGCUUGUCACAUUGCAAAACCUAGCUUAAGAGCAUUUAAAAAAAAAACAAGUAGAUAGGAGCUUAUGGUCAAAAAGUGAAAAAAAAAACAAAACACAAAAAAACAAAAAAA